AAGAAGGAUCUGUUUCUGUUCAAAACCCAUCCUGACCUUUCUGUUAAAGAAGAACAAAAUAAUGUAGCAACAAAAACAUAAGUGGCUGCCAAAGGAAGAGAGAAAAAAAAAAAAAGAGUUCCUGUAAGGGACUGAAACAAUAAAUCUCCUCUCUGCUGAACUCCCAGAGGGAGUGUGUGUAUUUCCUCCCGUUCUUUAUCAGAGCCCCCAAAAUAAGUAGGAAUGGGCAGUGGCUGUUCACAGUCAGUGCACCUUUUCCACUUGCUAACCAGGCCUUGCGGGGCUGGGAGGGAGUCGUCCCUGCUCGACGCUGGACGGAGAAGCCACUGAGACCAUCCAGGGCACCAUGGAGCUGCUGCGAGUCACCAUUCUUCUCCUUCUGUCCAGUCUUUGCCACAGUGAAAAAGACACAGAUGUUAUACCUGCUACUCCUAAGUUACCAUCAACGAAUUCUACAACAAUAACAUUUACACCAACACCAAGCACAGCACCAUUACCAAAUACUGUUAUCACAUCAACAUCUCCUAAAGGAGCAAACAGCAGUGAGAUAUUAAAUGUGUCUCUGGUGACAACAGUUUCUUCAUUCAUAAGAGUUAAAAGUGAAGAAUUAGGGACCACAGCCAAUGGUGCCUUGAAGAAUGAGUCCACCACCACAAAUGCAACAGUGACAAAUCCUCCACUUCCAAAUGCUGUCUCAACGUCACAAAGUUUCCAACACAUGACUGAGAAUCAGAGUACAAUCAAAACAACAAAAAUAACAGGUAACACUCCACAACCAGAUACAUCGCCUUCUGGAACCAGCAUAUUACUCUCAGUAUCCACUGUAGUUACAGAAAACAUCUUGCAGUCUCAAGGCACUGAGGACGGAAAAAAUGCAAGCUCUGCAUCCACCAGCCCCUCUUAUUCCAGUAUUAUUUUGCCGGUGGUUAUUGCUUUGAUUGUAAUAACACUUUCAGUAUUUGCUCUGGUGGCUUUGUACCGAAUGUGCUGGAAGAAAGACCCAGGCACGCCGGAAAACGGAAAUGAUCAACCUCAGUCCGACAAGGAGAGUGUGAAGCUCCUCACUGUUAAGACAAUUUCUCACGAGUCUGGUGAGCACUCUGCACACGGAAAAACCAAGAACUGACAGCUCGAUGAAUCCUCCCCACACCUAGGCAAUGAAUAUGCUUCAUCUUCAGCUUCUCUGUUCCAAGGCUGGAAGGGGACAAAGUCCUGCGGAUCCUUCCUGACUCCCAGUCUCGCUGCCAGUCUGCGCCGGUCCCUGUCCCAAUAACGUGAUGUCCAGCUGACAUGCAAUACUUUGACAGAAUCAAAAAGAAUCCUGGGCCUCCCUUGUCUUUUGAGACUUAAAAUGCACAUUACUUCAUUUUCUAGAAACAUCCCUAGGAAAGCGAUUUUUAGGAGGGGCAUUUGGAAGCAGGGAACCCGACAGCCCAGGCAGGUGGGCUCUCUGAAGGCACGCCCUUCCCUGGAGUGUAAAGUUUCCAGGGCUGACAAUUUUUAUCCAUGAAGAUUUUCCUACUUUCUCGGUGUUCUUAUAUAACUAAUGUCUGUAUUUAUUGUUUUCCACUAUGUAAAUGCAGGGAAAAUUUGCAAGUAUAUUAUUAAGUGUUAGGUAGAAAUCAGACCAUGCCACUUUGUGUAUAUAUAUAUAUAUAGGUAUUUUAUUCCUGUGUUCCUGUGUUACUUUUAAUAAAUAAUUACUGUUCUCAGCACUAAA